CGCGUCACCUCCAAUAGUGUAUCCGUUAAAAAAAAACGGUUAUAUAGCGACCACAAGCGGCUAUUCCGGCUAGGCUACUACGAAGGAUGCUCUUAUCUGCUGAGACGCAUGCAUUGGACACCUGCAUGACGAAACUACUAUUUCGGAAAGAAGUAACCUGCAAACUGCCAAACCUCGGUUUGUAGUGUUAAAAUAUCUAGAAGUAAAAGGUUUUUCAAGACGUAGAGACUAGAGAUGUCCUCUGUGUGGCAACAGGAGCCGAUAGUGUACUCCCCCAGUGUAGAGAUCGAUUCCAGCACCGUGAGGAGGAAGGCCCGGGUGGGUUCCUCACAGCACUGGCUAAAGCAGGAGCAUGACCUGGAAGUUGUCAAGUGGGAGAGCAUGACCUCUGGGGCAACUAGCGAUGUGGAGCAGGACAACACACCCAGCAGUGCUGUAUCCACGGCCUCCCAGCCUGAGGGCAGCCUGCCUCCCCGGGUCAUGCUGACCAUCACCAAGCUGCAGUGCAUGCUGGAAGGUAAACAGGAGCGCAUUGCUGCCCUGGAGAGACAGGUGGAGGACCUGCAGCAGGACAGGAAGUUCCUCAGGAGCCAGAUUGAGAACCUGACCAGCCAGCGCUCUGUCCCAACCUUCACUACCACCGCCACUUCAGCCGCUGAAGCACCUAAAGCGGGGAAGUCACUGUAUUCCGAACCCAAACCCCGGAAGAGAGAGAGGGUUGCAUCAUCCAGCUCUUCCUUCAGUAAUGAAAGUGGCUCAGAAAUGUCUGUCUCCACCGUUAUGUCCGGAGCCUCGAGCGACCACAAGAAGCGGAGACACCACAAGGACAGGAGGAGAGGAAAGAAAGGGAAAGACUACAGCAGGAAGAGAGCCACUGGCGUCCAGUACGUGAUCCACCGCUACAAACAAGUCCUCUCGGCCUUCAUUAAGAAGAAGAGCAUGAGUGGCGCUUUCCGUCACUACGGCAUCGACAGGAACACCAUUGCCAACACGGCGUCCAUCGCUGAGCUCUACCUGGCAGCCAAGGAAACCCUGCCGCUGGUGGGAAUGUUCCGCCCGCGAGAGGAGACCCUGGUGAGCUACGCCCAGAAGUGUGCCCUAGUCAUUGAGACUGACGUGGCGUUAGCCAGGAAGAUUGAGCAGAUGAAAGCCACAGGGGAGCUCCUGCCCAUCACUGUGAAAAAGGCUAGGGUCAUGCACUCUGCUCAUCAACAGCUAGGGGGCACUGCCGAGAGCCUGUUAAUGGGCUGAUGAUGUAGCUAGGGGCCUUUGAGGGGUGAGUUGGACUGGAAGUGAAUAACAAUUGUUUGACAGAUUGGAGACAUAUUUCAUUUAAAAUUGGGGUCCUAGGUUGAUAUAAUCACAUGAGAAGGAUUUCUCUGCCUCUCUUUAUUUAUUGCAAUGUAACUAUUAGUGUAUCUAGAAUGCCUUCUUUAAAAGUAAUGAUGGUACUGAACAGACACGGUAGCAGCUAGCCAUAGCCACAGAAUGGGUUUUCCCUGUAGCAUACAUGACUUACACCAGUAGAAGUAGUGACUUUUGUUUGACAGUGUUUUUCCCUGGAAGUAUCCCUCUAUAUUUGACUUAAUGUUGAUAAUAACUCAUCUGAAGAUUCCAUAUUGCUGCCCUUUCCCUUGCAGACCCAAGGAGAAAUAGACAGUAAACUCAUUGUGAUGGUCAGAAAUGACACAUAGCUGAAUGGUUAUCUUCCACGGAGACUAGAAAUAUGUGAUGAGAAACAUCCACCAGAUGGCACUGCACUCACUUCAAUGGAUGUUUACACCACUACUUCUGUAAUCCUGAGUACAUUUUCCAGGAGUAUUUUUACAAAAUGGUGGACACUAUGUCUGCUUCCAGAGAGCACUUUGAUAUUAUUUUAUUUCUUGCACCUAAGUAUUUAUUUGGUUUGAUAUUUUGAAAACCACACAGUUGGUAUGUGUAUACUGAUGCAUUUGGAACAUGCUGCCAUUUUUAGGGCUGUGAUUUACACAUUGACUUAGUAAAAUAUUGCGGUUUUUAUGUGUUUUAACUCACAACCUUCAGAAUUUAGGAGAAUAAAAUAGAAUACCUGCUAUUAAUUGAUGGUGUGAACAAGCGUUGAACUACUGCUCGUCCUACCUAGGGAUGGGAUAUCCAAUGUACUGUUGUGAAUUAUAAUUGCUAAUAUGGACAAUUCUUCUGUUGACACUGGGCUAUAUUCACUUUUUGUUCCAAGUUUGUUCACUUAUCUCUCAAACUAUGAUUCUUCAAAACAUAUUUUACUUCUUUGAAUGGUUUGAGAAAUAAAGCUUUUAGCAAUA